UUAAUAAAUAAGUUUAUGAAAUUGCUCUAGUCUGUGCAACCAUAGAGGAGGUGGUAUCAAACAAAUCAAUCUAUAAAACUCCCCAACCACUCGAAGAAUUUGGCAUUGACUGGAAUUUCCCAUCAGCCUUAUUAACCCACUCAAAUCCUUCCUUGCAUUUGUAGGAAUCAAUUGGAAGGAAGGAAGGAAGGAGAAGCGGUGUUAGUUUACCAUACGGAGGAGUGGAGGAGAGUGGCUGAGUAAUUGCCAUUGGUUUCCAUCGUGGAAGAAGGGAUUUCUGUAACUGUCCCGGAAGAAUGAAGUUUUGGGACUGGUACUUGAAGAUAUCAAUUUUUUCGGCCUUCAUCGGAGGUUCCAUGGAGCUUUUCAUGAUCAAAUCUGGUUUCUAUGAAAAAGUGACAGUUUUAGAGGCAGAGAAGAGGGCAUGGGAGAGUACACCUGAAGCUCUGGCCAUGCGGGAAGCUCUCAAUCCAUGGAGACACCGUGACGGUGGUGGUGGUGGUGAAGAUUAGCAGCAGCAAGCGAAAACCAUAUCCAUAUGUGCCUAUUCUUUUUGGCAGAUUUCAAAUUGAGGCGUAGCAAGCAGCAUUUCUUACUAUACUUUUCAAGAAAUCCAAGGCUAGGCUAGGCUACAUCUUUAUAUUAUACUCUGACUCUGAAUGUUGUGGACUCAUGAUUAUAAUGUUUAAGAUUAGUUGGUGUUGUAUUGGCAGAGGCAAUGAUGAUUGUUGUAUUUAAGUUUCUUUGUUUUAUUCUGUGGCAAUCUUUUCCUUGGAUG